UUCUUAUAUUUCAGAUGGAAGAUAAAAAAGUAGAAAUAAUUAUGGAAGAGAUAGAGAUAAAACAAGAAGAAAUUUGUCCAUUUUCUAUUUUAGAAGAAGCAACUGCUGGGGAUGAAAAUGUUAAAUUGGAAAAUACUGAAAAUACAGUUUUAGAUGGUAAAGCUGAAGAUACAACACAUGGAAUCAAAUUAGAAGAAAAACAAAUGGUUUCCAUCAAGGAAGAAAUUCCUUCAUGUUCUACUCUAGAAGAUACUUGUACAGUUUAUGUACAGGGAGAGGACAUCAAGAUGGAAAAUAGACAAACAAAAAGAGAAAAUAUGGAUGAUGGAUUUGAUCCACUACAAUCUGAACCAAAGAGAAUGAAGUCGACUAAAAGAAGAUAUCCUUGUAAUGAGUGUGAUUAUGUUGCAACACGAGGAAAUCACUUGGAGAUUCAUAUUGAUAGCAUACACCGCGGUAUAAGACAUCCAUGCUCUGAGUGUGAGUUUUCUGCGACUACCGCUAGUUCUCUUAGAAUUCAUGUUAAAAGUAAACAUGAGGGAGUAAAAUAUCCUUGUUCUGAAUGUGAAUAUUUUGCAACACAAGCAGGUGCGCUGAUUAUUCAUGUCAGAAAUAAACAUGAAGGAGUUAGAUAUCCAUGUUCUCAAUGUCAGUAUACUGCAUCUCAGAAAGGAGAUCUGAAAUCACAUAUUAAAGAUAAGCACGAAGGAGUUAGAUAUCCCUGCUCUGAUUGUGAGUAUAUUGCAACAACAGUAAAGAACCUUUGGCGACAUGUAAAACGUAUACAUGAAGGAGUGAGAUAUCCUUGUUCUGAAUGUGAUUAUUCUGCAACUACAGCAAAUAACCUAAAGUUUCACAUAGAAAGUAAGCACAAACAAGUGAGAUAUCCCUGUCAGCAAUGUGAUUAUGUUGCGUCUCUCGCAAAUACUCUGAAGGUUCAUAUUAAAAGUAAACAUGAAGGAGUAAAAUAUCCAUGUUCUAAGUGUGAAUAUGCCGCAACUCAGAAAGGAGAUCUAAAAACACACAUAGAAAACAUUCAUGAAGGAGUGAAACAUCCUUGUUCCGAAUGUGAAUAUGUUGCAUCUAAGGCAUGCCACCUGAAAAGACAUUUCGUGAGGAAACAUGGAGAUGACAAAUGUUCCGUAAAAUUCUGAAAACAAAUUCACUUAUCCUUAUCUUCUAAAAGAAAUAUAGACAUGCCAUACAACCCUAGAAUGUAGACAUUAAUCGAUUAUUCUUUUUCUUAUUUGGAUAAUAAGGGCAAUUGAUUUAUUCAAAAGAUAAAAGUACUUAUAAACUGAAAUCAUUGUAAAUCAAUUCAAGCUACAAUUCAUACAAUUUUUGUAAAUGAAAAGAAUAUCAGUAAAUUCAAUUUUUCCUUCCUCAUCAUAAAACGGAAGGCAUAAGGAUUUUAACAGGAAGAUUGUGAAACAAACCAGUCACCCUCCUGACCCCAUUAACAAACCAGUCACCCACCUGACCCCAUUAACAAACCAGUCACCCUCCUGACCCCAUUAACAAACCAGUCACCCUCCUGACCCCAUUAACAAACCAGUC